AUGUCGCCGAGCUUAGCGAAGCGGUCGUUACGAAACAGUAUCAGCUACCCCUCGGAUUGUACGGCCCUCCCAUUCCCAGCCGGGAUGAUAUGGCAGCUGGAUACCCUGCGAACAUCUUGGGAUGGGUUCAUCGCUACGCUAUUGGAAGAAUGGAGGGCACUCAACGUUGUCUCUGCGCUUCUGUCGGCUGCUGUGCUUGCCUUGCUGGCUCUAGACGGAGCUCUCAAUGAACCUGUCACGCGUACUGCUGGUAUAUUAUCAUUGGUAUGCGCCCUUUGGAGCAUCGUAUAUUCGUCCGUGUAUAUCAUACGCUUUGCGCAAAUGUCGAAGAGGCUUCGGCGAGCUGCUGGUUGGGCGGAGGCGGCUCGAAAUAGCAAAAUCAACUCGCUGUGGAACGUCUGGGUACUGUUGGCUAUGCCGAUCGUCUGGCUAAUGUGGUCACUCAUCUCCUUCAUGGUUGCCAUCCUAUCCUUCGUCUGGAUCGCGAAUGCCGGGUCAGGUGCUCAAUCCGCGAGAGUCGCACUGGGGACACGUAUCGCUAUAACUUGUGUUGUCGGUCUCGGCGGCAUUUGUUUCCUGGCGACACUCAAUACUCUUCGCCAUUACGGCGCGGAGAUGGACCAAAAGUGGAAAGACAAAAGCCUUAGGCCACCAGCUCCACAUCCUACUCUCGACAUGCGACAUUUCCGACCGCCCACGCCGUUGCAACCACUUGCGCCGUUAGAGCCACCUGUCAUACCUCGGUCGCCCCAACCUUCGGCCACUCGUCACGUCCCCACACCUCGCAUUCCUCCCGAUGUAUUCCUCCCAUCACCUCUUGUCUCGUCUUCGCCCGCAUACUCACCAGCAAAACCUGUGAUGGACUCCUUUGAAGCGUUUCGCGUGAUUGCGUUGGACGAUAUCGAUGCGAGCAACAAGGCGGGAAUACCAGCUGAGCUCCUUAAUCGUGGUAUGCGCUCCACGAUGGCUUGGGAGAGGUUCAUCGAGGACGUACGCAAAGCUUGGCUUACCGGAUUCUGCUGGGACGCAUAUCCGCCCGCGAAGACCAACGGCGUCCCGUCCGUGUGGAAGAUCCAUCGAGAGGCGGUCUUCCAAGUCUGUUUCGCAUGGACUGCAGGUCCGUUCCGGCACUAUAACGUACAGCCCGUGCUAUGCGAGGAACGUCCAGACGCGGGUCUGGACACCCUGUCGAUCUACUUGACCGACACCGCCGUGGACAAGAGUCUUGAUCUCAGUCGCUCGUUUCACGGGCUUCGAGACGGUGUACGCAUGCUUCGGGUACACCUCUACUACCUGUCCUUGAAAGGCGCACCGAACCUCGGCACGAUUACUCGCGGGGAGGAUGGCAACAUUGUGUACAGCUAUGAGCGGGAUCCCACCAUAGAUUUUUACAGGAGGGCGGAGGGCAGUGAGAACGUGUUGGACCGCGGCAGUACUAGUCUAGUACGCUUUUUCGAAUGGCCGAGCGAGAUGGAAAGCGACCCCGAUCGCCGGACUUCCUGUUCAGAUCCCGACGCACUAGCAUCACCACUAUUAUCGACUACGACUGCACGUACGACGAAGCGUGAACAUACGACACCCCGUCAGGAAACGGACACAAACUUGGCAUCGACAUUCAUAGGCGCUAGGCAUCCUGAUAGGUCGAGCGACUCGAUGGCAGCGGUCGUGGAACGACCAGCCCCAGCCGACCUACCCGGAGGCGCGGUUCCGUGGGCAGUAGCUUUGAAGGCCUCCUAUGCACCUCCUGGCCCCAUGCAUGGACCGAUCCCAUAUAGGAUCGAGAAAGCAGACGAGUCUGCAGGUAUUCGGGUAGACUCCGGCUCGCGUUCCACAGAGCAAGACGGCUUUGGUCUUUCAAGGGCAGAGAAUGACACCGCAGAUGGGGGAGGUAGUCCAGGGCAACCAGACGCACGAUUGCCAACCCACGACACGCGCCGACGGAUCAACGACAAGUCAAGCGCUACAGCUACGGCUAAUCACCCACGUACGACUCAAUAG